CAGACGGACUUUGUAGGCGGACCCGGGGCAUCAAAGAGCUGGGCUGAGCUGCAGCAUCCUCCCGUGCUGUGCUGACAGGUCUGGCGCCAACUUGCACUGCAAACUUCUGGAAGCACUUCAAGCCGGCAGCCGACGCCGUCCGCUCCAAAAUCCCACACCUCCCCAUGAGAUAUCGCCAUGUCAACGCCCUGCCGCGAUUUUAGCCCCUGUUUGUCGGACUUGUCGCCGCCCGCGGUGUCGGUGGAUGUUUCGUCGCACUGAGCGCUGAGGCAUCUAAAUUCCCAUCGAGGCGGAUGCCGGGACGUGCCCCGCGCUCCCCAGACGAGAGGCAUCGAGACAUCUUGGUCCCGCCAGCUCAGCGUCCAGAACCCACCGACAGACUCUCCCCCCGCCUGUUCCCGUCUCUCUCACAUCCCAGACGUGCGCGCCUGUCUUCAGCCAAAACGCAACCCGACUCGCUGGCUGAUCUUGCCCGAUCUAUUCAUCCCGAGCUGCUAUUACCCCACAUCUUGGAAUCUCCAAAUCCGUCCUUCCAUCCCUCGUUGCGGCGUUGUUCUUUGCGUUUCAACUCGUCCACACCAUAUCCCCAUCUACCUCGAACUUACAGAAGCCUGCGAUCAAAUCAAGCCACGUCCCCCCCCCCCCAGUGCUACAAUGCGCCAGCGCCGUGCUUGACGCUUCGAAGGAAACAUCAAACGCAAACCGAGGGCAAACCUCUAGGACCCAGGCAGGAAUCAGGUCGAGAAUUUCGGCACCCGAAUCUCCAGGCCCUGUGACUUCUUCCGCGACAGCCAAACCGGGAAUUUUCCAACUCUCUCGGCGAAACCGAGCGUCUUGUCUUCCCCUCACGCGCCACGGAUAGGUAGACAAGACGAAAGAGAGCACAAGCCGCUUCCCCAGACGUUGCCGUGGUUCACGUUUCUGUGUGGGGAAGUCGUUGUUGGGUUGGUUAUAGCAUGAA